AUGUGGUUGGCUGGGAACUACGGCUGCUACGACGCACUAGACGAUGACGGCGACGUGUGCGAUCUCGGUCUCAUCUCCGGUCGACGACCGUUGCCAAGUCACGGCAAUACAUCGUCACUGGCAGCGAUGACCUCGUCGGCGGCCGGCAAUGCUAGUACUUCAAUUGGCCGGACCACCACCUCCAGCACCACCACCACCAGUACCGUGUCCGUUUGCUCCUCCGUAGUGACUCGUCAGCACACGAACAAGGCUGACAGUAGGGCUGCUUCCGCUUCUACCACUACUACUACUAACGCUGCUACUACCAAUACCACUACCGCUACUAAUUCUGCUAACAGUUCGGCAACAGCGGCAGCGCAGGGCAGAAAAGCGAUUGAAAAUGAAAUGGGUGCAUUUUAUAGUGCAUUUUGUGUGUCGUACGACGAGGACGAAGACUACGAGUCCAACAUCGACAUCCUGGAGACCCAGCUGGACGACUGCAUGCUAAACGAGUGCGGGGGCAGCGACGAUGACGACGACGAAGACGAUAGCGACAGUGACGGCGAGGUGCGCACGCUGCGGAUAAGCUGGCGGGAGCGGUACCUACGCAAGCGCCGCAACAAGAAGAGGAGGAAGUAA